GAUGGUACUGAAGCCAGAAAUCCAACAGAAAGCUCAAAAGGAAAUUGACAUCGUGAUUAGGACUGCCCAUUCUAUCCGAGUCAGUACCAUCCGGCUCGACGAGUUUCUCUCAUGAUACCGCCAUUGCGUAGCCGAGACCAGUUCCCAUAUGUGCAAACCAUUUUCAAGGAAACAUUGCGGUGGCAACCAAUGGUUCCGCUUUCUGUACCAUACCGGCCGGUUCAAGAAGAGGUUGUCUCACUCAUCCAUGCUCAAACCUCCCAUCCUCACGAUGUAUUGCCUACCUUGAAACUCAGUGUGCUACUGCCAUUGCUAACUGAUGAAAAAUUCGUUCCGGAGCGAUUCGGGGUUCCGACAUGAAAACAGUCAGCCCGCCAAAUACUAUAGAUCCGACCUUUGUCGGUAUGGGAGAAGGUGGGUGAUAAUCAGGUACACGUCGCGUUCGCUACCUCGUGUCAAUCCGACUUUGUCCUGGA